AAAAAAAAAAAAAAAAACAACUAGCAUUAACUGCAACUGCAAAUUAAAAAAUCGUUUGCGUGUGAAAUUCAAUUGUAAUGAAAAACGAAUUAAAACAAAAAAAAUAAAAUUAAUAAAUAUCAAAACUGAUGAUAUCAAAGAAAGACACAUAUUGCAUACAGGAAACGCCAGGCUUGCUAAACAAAAAAAUAAGCAAACACAACAACGAAAGCAAACAAAAGUCAAGCAAACCAAUCAGACACCCCACCCCCGCCGCCACUAGAAACCGAAACCGAAACCGAACUCGAAACCGACAACAGCAAAUAAACAAAUAAACUUCUUGUAAGUGCCUUGAGUUCGUUAGUGUGUGUGUGCGUGUAAAUGAGAUAAGAACAAGACGCCCAGCAGACGCAACAACAGCUUCAGUCUUCCUCCCCACUGUUGUCGUCGUCGUUGUCGCCUUCACCCGUCUGUCUGCAUCUGUAUCUGUGUCUGAGUCGGAAUCUGGAGUCUAAUUAUAGCGCACUGCUCGCUAAAAAUACAAUUCUGAUGCCGUUGCCCAGCAGAAGCAGAAGAAGCAGCAGCAUCUCGGCACAAACACUGGCAAACAUACGAGAAGCAUCAACAGGCAAGCCCAUCUAAGCAACAACAACGACUGCAUCAAUAGCAUAAAAGGGUGAGAGCAAACGCCCCAACGAACACGAAGACAGAGAGAGAAAGAGAGAGAGCGACAGUGGACAAGAGAGCGCAGUCAAAAGACGAGAGCGUAAGCAGCUGAGAGCGAAAUAGAUUUCGUAAUAAGUGAACGAAGCACAGCUGACUCUUUGAGUGCUUUUGAUAUUUGCCGAUAACGAUAGCGACAAGUUGAUACAAAAAUCCAAAGGCGUGAUCAUCGAUUGCCGGCCUGAUUGAACAGUCACUAGCGGGUGCAAGGGCAAUAACAACAACAAACCAGCAAGACAGCAAUAAAGGGGGAAAAAGAAAAACGCUGGCAAAAAUUUGCCAAGCUUAGUCAGCAAGCAAGCCCAAGCGAUUGGAUUGAACUGCGAGAGAGAUAGAGAGAGAGUCGAGUGCAAGUGUGUGCUCGAGAGAGAGUGUGGGAGAGAGAAAGAGAGAGAGCGUGCGCACAGCGCAGAGUUGACGAUUGAUCAACGGGCCCGAGCCUGAUCAUCAAAGCGCGUUCCAAAUCCAAGUCAACCAGCCGCAUCGUUAGGUCGUGCGCUCCGACCGCGCCGUCGCCAUCUUAAGUCCUCGAUCGUGUGUUCGUUCGAACUUAGGAUCAAACAGAAACCUACAAAAUAAAAGAACACCAACAACAACACAACAACGAAUAAUGCAAGAAAAUCGCCAAACAUCGCGUGUGUCGAAUAUUAAAACUCGUUGUACACCAAAGACUCUCCCGCACAACGUUCCCGACUCCUCGCCUGUCUUCAUCUUCAUCGGCAUCAUCAUCGACACCAAUUAGCUGCACAACCAAUUUACUAUAUAGUAGUCAAUUCCCAUUAUAAUUUCUUUUUGUUUGCACGUACGAGGACAAUUUGUUAUCCCUUUUUUUUAAUCUUAAUUUUUUUUUUGUGACAAAAUAUUGUGAUUUCUGAAACUGUGUGUGAUUGCGAAAAAGCGAAAAACAAAAAAACAAAUUAAACAUUUAGCACAAAACUUUAAAGAAAGUUCCUUAAGCAACGUGAUAAGUUUAGAAUUCGAAACCUUGUGCACAGGAUCAGCAUUGAGAUCGUUACCGGAGUCUUUCCCUCAACAACCAUCAAAUCAAGGCAUGCAACAAUGAUUUCCGCGCUGCCCAAAUCUUGUCUAUUGGCGCUGCUUGCCACAUUGGUGUGCGUGGCAUUGAGCGUGUCCCAGGUGGCAGCUGUGCCUGUCACCAUGGCACCUCCGCAUAAUGAGAGGCUGAUGAAGCUGUGCAGCGAUAAUCUGAACGAAGCCAUACAAUUGAUAUGCAAUGGUCGCACACUCUCGCUCGCCCAGCUCUAUCCAAACAGUUUUGGACCGUCGCGAGCGAAACGCUUCAGUCCCGGCCAGUUCUUACAACAUCCCCGACAGGAAGGCUCCGUCCACAUGUGCUGUAUUCAACAAUGCACUAAGGAAGACUUAAAUCAAUUCUGUGCGCCCGAUGAGGAAACGCCACCGAAAUGACCCUCAACAAUGAUGUGAGAGAGAAUGAGAGAGAAAGAGAGAGAGAGAGAGAGAUAGCUACACUUUACCGCCUUUACCUAGCUACCUAUACAAUUCCACAAUACUGUUCCAUUGAAUCCUAAUCUAUAUAUAUCUUUAUAUAUAUAUAUAACUAUUUGUAUGAUUUUGUAUGUAUGUUUGUAUGUAUAUGCCACAUAUGCCAAACGUGGCACUUAUCCCCACUACGCCCCGCACUACAUUAAGUAUAUUGUACUAAUUUAAGCUAUGCACUAAUAAAAAUUUAUACAAUUAU